AUUCCUCGCAUCCUUCUUCUCCCAUCUGCCUUCUCCCACCCUUCAACCGCCCUCUUCCCCCCCCGCAUCCUGCAUGAAUCUCCCACCAUUUCUACUUCGCAACAUCCGCCCCUCGAUCCCCCGAUUUUUGCCCAAACAAUUACGCACAAUGGUGAAACCCGCCGCCAGAGUUGCUACCCAGGCCAAAGAUGUUUGGUCAAUUGUCAACGAAGCAGCUGCGGCGGCCACGGCGUCAGGAAACACAGUCAUUAACCUCGGUCAAGGCUUUUUGUGGGUUGUCUCCUUCACCCUCCUGCCCCACAAAAAAUCUCCAUGACAUAGAAAUUUGUUUGUCUAACAUCCUGUAUCUUCUCUGAAAAAUAAUAAUAGUGGCUACAACCCUCCUCAAUUUGUCCUGAAUGCUGCGAAAGAAGCGCUGAAUAGGGUUGAUUGUAACCAAUAUUCCCCCACCCAGGGUCGUCUCCGCCUGCGUCAAGCUCUCUCAGACGCCUACUCUCCAUUCUUUGGCCGCAAGCUCGAUCCCACCACUGAGAUUGUUAUCACCACCGGCGCAAAUGAGGGUAUGUUGAGCGCCUUUAUGGGCUUCGUCGAGGAAGGUGAUGAGGUCAUUGUCAUGGAACCCUUCUUCGAUCAGUAUAUCUCCAACGUUCAAAUGGCCGGUGGAAAGGUUGUCUACGUUCCGUUGCAUCCGCCCCCGAAGGGUGAUACGGAGGUUAGUUCGUCCGACGAUUGGACCUUGGAUUUGGCAGAGUUUGAGAGGGCCAUCACUGAGAAGACUAGGAUGGUGGUGAGUUUGUUCUCUCCGAGGUGUGUGCGUGUGUGGUAAUUGAACUUGAGGAUAGGUUAUCAAUAGUCCGUAGGUUUUAUCCCUGGUGCUCUGGGAUUGUGGUUUGCAAAAGGUGGAAGCUGAUGAUAAUCAUUAGGCACAACCCAAUUGGUAAAGUCUUUAGCAGAGAGGAGCUUAUGGGAAUUGGUGAAUUGUGUGUUAAGCAUAACAUCCUCAUUCUUAGCGACGAGGUAUACGAUAGAUUGUACUAUGCUCCCUUCACUAGAGCUGCCACCCUCUCCCCCGAGAUUAGAGAUCUCACGAUCACAGCCGGGUCUGCUGGGAAGAACUUUUACUGUACUGGCUGGAGGGUAAGGGUUCUUGAAUUAUUUACCAGACAACUUGGGAUUAACUCUGAAGCAAGGUCGGUUGGUUGAUUGGGCGACCCGAAUUGAUCAAAUAUGCCGGUGCUGCUCACACCCGUGUAAGCAUCUCACCUUUCCUAUGAGGUAUUUCGCUGAUAAGUGGUAGAUCUGUUAUUCUUCCGUCUCCCCUCUUCAGGAAGCAGUAGCCAUUGGUCUCGAGCAGGCCGAGAAGGAGGGAUUCUGGGAGAGCUCUAGGCGCGAAAUGAAGGGCAAAAUGGACCGCUUCAAUGAAGUUUGGAACGAAUUGGGCCUUCCCGUAUUUAUCUCCAUGCUCUAUGCCCUACAUUAACAACUGACCUUGCUAGUUCACCGAUCCCGAGGGUGGUUAUUUCGUCCUAGUCAACAUGAGCAAGGUAAAAAUGCCUGAAGGUUACGAAUUUCCGUCUCACGUGUCUUCUCGACCGAGAGACUUUCAACUCUCCUGGUUCCUAAUCAAGGAGAUCGGAGUCGCUGCAAUUCCGCCCACUGAAUUCUACACCGAAGCCAACGAGAAGGAGGCAGAAAACUAUCUCAGGUUCGCAGUCUGUAAGGAUGACGACGUCCUUGAGGCUGCAAAGGAGAAGCUGAGAAAGUUGAAGGAUUACAUAUAAGACUUCGUGGCUGCUCUCAAAUUUCCGCACAUUUCUUUCUUUUAGAUUUAGAUAUUUUGUAGGAGUCGAUUGAUUUUCUAUACUUCUAUUAGAAAAACUGUGAUUCGCAAUUCUUGGGAGCAGGGGAUUCAGAGAUUCUUUCUGUGAGGCGAUCUAUGAACAGGGUUGCGGAGGAGGCCCCGUUGUUCAUCUGCAUGGGCACCCGAACAUAAUGCCUCAGUUCUCUGCCCACCGCCGCCGUUCCAAUUAACACCAAGGCCGACAGUUCUCGCGUGAAGGCCUACCUUCCCAUACCGGUACUGUACACUACCAUACCAGUUUGCCCUAUAUACCUCCCCACGCUCUCCCACCUUUUCCCGCCUCGUGCAACCACCGCGAUACUGCCACCACCAUUGACGGGAAUGAUUCUGGAGAGAGGAGCAAUCAUUGGAGUCCUGGCGGUAGUCGUGGGUGUAAUUAUCCCGCUGUUGUUGGUCUGGUUUGGGAAUUGUGAGUUCCGGAUAUUCUGAUUAUGGGUGGGCGGGUGGGUGACUGAUGCUGCGUGCGGAGUAGACGUCGGGAGGGUGCAAAUGGAGAGGGGUAAGAGGGGGUAAGAGACGGGUGUGGGGGUCGCGGGUAUGAUAGCUUCUACCAUCUACGGGGGGAGGGGGUGAAGAUGGAGGAGCAAGGCAUUCCGCGAGUGAUGGGUUAUGAUAAGCUUAUAGGCACUUGGAGUUGGGCUCUUCCGUUAGUUUCGUAUAUGACACUUAUAGUACGGUAUGAUGCUUAUAUCGCUGAAUUGGAGUCGCGCCUUUAUCGGCGCGUCACCGAGCAAAAAAAGCGACUUCAUUCCGGCGACAUGAGCCGGGCAUAUGGAGUUUGGUCAUGAACUACGAGUACCAGUGCUCGAAUAAAGUUGGGCGGACACGCUACGAGUACGAGU